UCGGGGAUGCGCAGCGUGGACGAAUCGCGGGCUGGACUAGCGACUAUAAGAGGGACGCCGCGCGUCGCGACGCCACACAAUCUCCAGUUUGUCCUGCACUCGAACUCGACGCGCGUCCUACCGAGUGUCCCGGUGCCGAUUUUCACGCAGCAAGAGGAAGAGAGAGAGAGAGAGAGAGAGAGAGAGAGAGAGAAAGAGAGAGAGAAAGAGACAGAAAGAGGGUAGAAAUCGUGUUCUUUGGGUUCUUCGACAGUACCUCCCUUUAGCGAUUUGGAUAAAGAUGGUUCCGGAUGGGUCAUCUGGCCGGCUGCCGUGGCUGCUGCUCGCCACGGGUCUUUUCAACAUCGUCAACGGUGUAAUCAAAGGGAGCAACGAUUUUCAACACUAUCAGCAACAGCUUACGGCAGACCAUUUGGCAAAGGAUUUUUACCGUAUGGACUACAAAGAUGGCUUUUUGAGUUCGUACCCACGUUUCAAACCUAUCACAGAUUGCAUUUUCGUUACGACGGAGCCCGGCGCUUUCAUAUACACAUCGAAAACCGAUAGCGAGGAGGUCUGCGGCGUUCACUUCCUUGCCGGACCCGACCAAAAAGUGGAGAUCAGUUUCCUCAGCUUCGACGUUCCGUGCGAGCAUCACGGACUUAUCUCGGCGCUGGACGGCUGGGAGAUGGACGGCGAAGUGUUCCCCAGCGAAAUGGAUCAUCGAUUACCCCUAAAGCAGAGGAUCAGCGAAUUCUGCGGUAAAAAUAUCGGUGUGAAGAAAAGCUUCGUAAGUUCGCAGAACGUUGCGGUCGUCAGGUAUAGGAUACCGAAGCCCGGGAAAGGAUUCACUGUCCUUGCGAGAUUUCUGAAAAAUCCUAGACCGUGCAAUGUGUUGGUGACAAGUCUAACGGAGCCGUUUACUUUACGCAAUUACGGAAGACGUAUAAAUUGCACCUACGUCGCAUUAUAUCCAGGAACCGUACAAGUAAUCGCCCUCGGAGUUGGGGUUACCAAUUUACUGGGAUCCGGUCGCACAACCGAGACCGGGACUCUGCGGAAAUGCGACGAGAGGAACCCGCACGAUCAAGCGAUAAUUGGCGGCGGCUACGGUCUAGACACGACCAAAGUACAGGUGGUGGACUCCAUCUGCGGCAUAGACUCCAAACCCGACUACCAUGAGGUGGUAGAGUAUAGUAUCACCUCCGUGCGGCUGAUAUCGAGUGGUUUCUUCGACAACUCUGUGACGGUUAACAUCCAGCCGCUCAAAGACGAGUUUCUGGACAGGAAUUAAUUCGAAACGGUUUUGAUCAUAGAACACGAUCGUCGAUGCUUGUUUCAAGACCUCAUUGUGAAUGCAGUUACUUUUGAGCCGGCGAGGGUCCCAAAAUUUAGCCAUUCACACCGAGAUAGAUGCAUAUAUAUACUCAUUUUCGUUCGACGAAUUUUGGAAACUGAGUUCCACCUUCUAAACAAUGUCUAGAUACUUUCACGACUUUUAUUUAUUAUACCUUCAUUGAACAUUACUUCUUGAUUCAUUGUAUGUUCAUGUGACUGAGUGCGAUUAAUCGUUUGAAUUUAUGACUGAGAUUAAUUUAAAAGAUCAUGUUUUUUAGAGUCCGUACUAUAUGUUGAAAUGAUUUUAUGUAGAUGUCCUUUCCGGAGAUAUUCAUAAUUUGAUAUUGUGCAACUUGUGAUAAAUGGAUUUCAAUAAUCGAUGUAGAUGUAUAGAUUUUUCUCUGUAGUUGCUAAAACAUUUUAGUACCUUAGAGAAAGGCCUCGAAUUUUUAUUCUUGUAGAGUGUAAAAUUAUAAACGAUGCUGUUCGAUUGAAGCGUGCCAAUUUCUUUUAACGACUUAACUGAAUAAACGUUAAUUAUUCCUCCA